ACCCAGUCGUACAGUGGGAUCUGGGUAUCCUGAAAGAUGAAUCCCAAGAAUUUAUCAACCUUUGAAGUGCGAAAAAUGGAGCCUUAUACUGGUGCUGUUGCAAAUAAACAAAUGCAGCGCGAUUAUGGAAUCCAGAUUCGUUUUAUUCAAGAUGCACAAGAAGAAUCUUCCCAGGAACAAAAAUAUCGGACUGCUCCGAACAAAUCGGGAUCCUAUGGAGUCAGCAUUAGGGUGCAGGGAAUUGAUGGACAGCCAUAUGUUGUGUUAAACAGCAAUCAGGAAGGAAACAUGCAAAUGUUUCAGCCUCCACCUGAGAAUGGCUGCCUUGAUCAAACUUUAUCUCAGGGUGGUUUUAAAGCAUGUUCUGAUUCCUCUGCAGAGCAACAAAGAAACAGGUUCUCCAACAAUGGCCACUUUAUCUAUCCAGAACAUCCGUAUUUUAAUCCACUUAAGCCAUCUGAUACACAGCUGCCUCUUCCAGUAACAGACACCUCAGAGUUUGAGGUUGAUAAAAAACACACAAAAGCAAGUAGUUUAUUGAACUUCCAAAAACAUCCUGAAAUUCUGAAGCCGUAUGACCCUGAGAAGAACCUCUUGAAAGGCGCCAGUCAACAAAGUUUGGCUAGUAGCAUGUCAUCAGAGAGGAGUGAAGACAAGGCUUUUCAUCCUUUACCCAAGUCUGAGUUUCCAAAUAAACUAGAGAUUAGAUCAUCAAGUUCAAUAAAGUCCAAUGAUGAUAAAAGUAAUUUCAUUAAAUCCAGAGCAAUGGAAGAUCCAACCAAGAAGACUACUGGGUCUACCAGUAGAAAAGUAGAUACGUUCAACAACAGUAGAAGAUGUCAAAAUGACACCAAUCCUGAUUCAGAAGAUUCACGGAGAACGCGACCAGAUUUGCUUCCUUUGCGCCGCCAAGAUUCAUCUGGAAGAGGUAUUGAUAUUUCUAGGUCAUGGUGGUCAUCAUCUUCAACUCCAACAUCAGGAAGCUCAGACAAGAUAAAUCCAUCGUACAGGUUCGGAUGGCUGGAUGAUCCAGAUGAGGAACUUUCUGCUGAAAAUGUAAACCGACAUGAAAACAGGAGGUAUAUUCCAUUUUUUCCAGGCACUGGUCGCGAUAUUGACUCCGACCCCAUACCUGGAGUGGAUGAAUUGAUUGAUAAAUUCGAUGCUAAGGGUGGACAGCAUCGGCGUGGCAGGUCUGCAAGGAGAAACCGAAUUGAUCCAGAAGAUCGAAAACGAUCCCGAAGCGUAGAUAGUGCUUUUUCACUUAGGUCAAAAGAUAAUUCUGCUUACCUAGACCAAUAUAAUAAAAAGAUUGGAAUAUUAAAUGAACAUUUGUUGAGACCAUCGCAAUUGAGUCGUAAAAAUGCUACUUCACAAAGUUUACAGGUCUCUGCUUGUAGUGAGAAUGUGCCACCCAAUUAUGUUUCAUCCACUGGUAGUCUUGGCAGUCGUCACACCCACUCUACAGGAAACCAGGGCAGUCUCGGUUAUGGCUUUACGAAGAGUCCAGGUCAGACUGAAUUGGAUGCUUCAGACACUCACGAACAGCAUGCAAGAAUCUCUGGUAAAUCUUCCACACUCCCUGUAGGUGCGGUCAAUAAACCUGAAGCCAGAAAGGAGACAAUAACUUCUGUUACACAAAUAAAGACUUGUAAAACAACACCUUCCUUUGUUGGGAUCAGAAAACAUAGUUUAGAACCUCAGCGGCAUACUGCUCAAACAAGCCAGACUGCCUGUGAUCAUGAUGUGCAGGUAACUCCUGACCUUCUGAAGGACCAACAAAUGAAUGAGGAGACAGCAAAACAGAUCCUUUACAACUGUCUUAAAGUGGGGUGUCAUGAUGAUGAUGCAACAAAGAAGAAAGUCAAUUUGGUGUUUGAGAAAAUCCAGACCUUAAAAUCAAAAAGUCCAGUCAGUGUGGAAGAACAAAAGGACAAAGAAAAUGAUACUACUUCUGAAUACAAAGCGCUGCUGGAGCAGAAGAAUGAGCUUGAAAAGAAGGCAGAAGAGUUGGAAAAGAAAGUCAAUCAACUUCAAAAAAAAUUGGAUGAACAAACUCUGAAAGAGCAGUGUACCACAGAACAAAAAAGUAGGACCAAAACUGAUAUGAAAAAUCUGCAGCAAGAAAUGACAGACAUUUUAGAGGAAAACAAUAGUUUAAGGGAGCAGCUUGCAAAAUCUGAUAAAGAGCUUCGAAACCAACUUGAAGAGUUAGUGCAAGUGAAGAUGGAAAAAGAGCAGUACCAAAGUGAAUUCAGAGAUUUGCAGGAUCAGCUCUCAGAAAUGCAUGAUGAGCUUGAUCGGGCAAAAAACAGUACCGACAACGAAGAAGAGAAAGAGACUUUGAUAAUGGAGAUGAUUCAGGCAAAGCAGCAGCUGGAAGAGGUGCUGUUAGCUAAAGAAGAUCAGCAGGAGUUGUUGAGGCGAAGAGAAAGAGAGCUGACAGCACUUCGAGGUGUCCUGAAGGAGGAGGUGUCACACCAUGAUCAGGAAACUGAAGAUCUGAAAGAAUUGCAUGAAAGGGAGAAACAGAAACUUAGAAAUAGCAUUGAUGAUCUAGUACGGAGCAAAAGUGCAUUGGAAUAUGUACAAGAUAUUUAA